UAAAUACUUACUUAUGUGCUAGCGAUCGAAGUAUUCGGAAGUGUAUAAAGAACAUUUCAUUUUCAGACCGUGGAAGUCCUCAAGUUCCCUUCAACUGGAAGGAAGUGAGAGAAAAGGAACAAAAAAUAUUGGUUUAUUUUGUUGAACAGAUCCUGAGAGAAGAAGAGUUUUCUUUAAAGUGAUUUUGUGGGUUAUCUUAUAUUAUAUGGUUAUGUUUUCCACUAAGGCUGAAUUGUAUGUGGUUAUAUUUACCAUUAUAUGCUUUACGGUAGUUAAAGAAAUGGGAGCCACGCUGUGUUACGAGUGUUCAACGAAGUUUUUGACUAACAAAAAAGACAACAAAAACUGUCCUAUUAAUGAUUAUGUAAAGAAUAUAGCUGUCAACAAGUGCAACGGAAUAUGCAUUUAUAGAACAAACACGGAACAUCCCGAAACUUACUUUCGCUCCUGCUCAACUCUUCAUAGCCUACCAAAAGAUAUCCCGGACUCAGGUUGUUAUUCUUAUGGCGAUAAUGUAUUUUGUUUUUGUAACAAGGAUAACUGUAAUGGCGCACCGAUUGGAGACAAGCUUAAUCAAACUGUUGAAGAGCUUCCGUUUCCCGAUAAAUCAAAUGAAAAUGGAAACUUUACCAAACAAUGUUUCUCUUGCCAAAGUGUGCUGGGAAACGGGCAGAAGAAUGAAAACUGUCCUGCUGAUGGAAAGCUGAAAAAGUUGGGGUCGAUCUACAGAGAAAACUGUACAGGAGUAUGUCUUACCAGAACUAUAGUACAACACGAUGGCGUGGUGGCCCGAGGAUGUUCAAAGCACAUAUAUAAAUUUCCAAAACUGCUUCCAGAAGAGGGCUGUUAUAAAUAUUACAUGGAUGUGAUUUGUUUUUGUAGAAAGCAUCUUUGCAAUAGGAUGGCUAUGGGAACGCCAAAAACCAAGAAGGAGUUAGACUAUUUGGAAUUAGAAAAAAAAAACUCAUCUGCAGUACGUAAACUACCAGUCCCUUUAUUUACGUUUAUAUGGCUACAUUUGCUGAUCGGGAUCAUAUUGGAUUACCACUUAGGACAACAAUAGUUUGGUAAAGAAGGAUGAGUUUAAAUAAAAUAUAUGAAGAAAGAUAGAUACCCAACAUCAAGUAAUAAUCUUGAAGAAAUCUAUUCUAUGACGGAUUCCUAUUCCUUGGUAUGUUUUGCUUUCAGAAAUAAGACUUCGCCACUGUAAUUCAUUGCUAUAGAAAUAAAUGACGUCAAAAUUG